ACGCCUAGCGGGCGGGCUGGCUGGCGCUGUCUCUCCUCCACAAGCCGCCGCUCACUCACUCACUUACUUCACCUCCGCCCCACAACACACAUCUUCAUCCCCCUGCCCUGCCCCAGCCUCUCUCUCUCUCUCUCUCGGCCAGAAGGAGCAGCGAGCGUGUGGAAGUUUCGAGGUUGAAUGAGGUGGGACACGGCGACUGUUGCUGUAUUCACUCCACAGUUCAGGUUCCAUUAGGUGUGAAAUAAUUACGAAGCAGAAUGAUGUAAUUAAAAAUUGGAAUUGAAGAUAAAGACUUUGGAUUCAGACUCUUUUUUGAUUUAUCCCUCCCACUGCCUCAUUAGUUUCUGGGAAUAGGCACUGGAAUUUUCAAUCUGCUAUAGAUAAAGCGGGAAAAGGUGCUUCAUUGAUUUAUAUAACUCAAACAUCUAAUUUUAUGUAUUGGAAAAUAUUCUACCACAGUAGAUCCAUUUGGUUAUAUCGGCUAUGCAAGAGGGCAUCAACAUCUCGAAACAAAGCACAAAAAUCUUAAAUCCUGCUUGACUGUCAAAUAAAAACUAAAUUUUCAAGAUGACUACUUCGUACAGAAGAAGAAAACGUCAGUUUCUCCAGUUCGUUAUCACUUGUUUUUCCUGCUGCUUUGUCCUCGUAUAUUGGGAGCAACUGGAUGCAAAUAUCAUCAGUCAUUUGAAGUCUUAUUCCUACAGAUAUCUCAUCAAUAGGUACAGUUUUUUAAAUGACAGCUUGACUCUGAACAAGGAGACGGCAGCGAGCCUCCACAGUUACCGGUACCUGAUCACCCAUGAAAACAAAUGCAAAAAUGAGGAUGUAUUGCUCCUUUUGUUUGUGAAAACCUCUCCUGAAAACCGUCUUCGGCGGGAUGCAAUUCGUCAGACUUGGGGCAAUGAACAAUAUAUAAAUUCAGAGUUAAAGGUCACCAUUAAGGUCAUUUUUGUUUUGGGAGUACAUAAAGAUCAAUCGCAAAGAGACAUUGUACAGCACAAGUUAUUUCUAGAAGAUCAACAGCAUUCUGACCUUAUCCAACAGGAUUUCAAUGAUGAUUUUCACAAUCUUACACUGAAACUAAUCUUCCAGUUCACGUGGGCAAAUACUUACUGCCAAAAUGCUAAAUUUGUCAUGUCCUCUGAUGAUGAUGUGUUUGUACAUACUCCAAACCUUGCAAACUAUUUGCGACAGCUAGAUAAAGAAACAAGUAAUUUCUGGAUAGGUCGAGUGCACAGGGGUGCACCCCCUGUAAGAAGCAAAGAAAGUAAAUACUAUGUUCCAUAUGAAAUGUAUCAAUGGCCUGCUUAUCCAGAUUAUACAGCAGGUGCUGCAUAUGUUGUGUCCCAAGAUGUUGCAGUCAAAGUAUACGAGGCCUUAAUGACCCUAAACAGCAGCCUCUAUAUAGAUGAUGUUUUUAUGGGCAUUUGUGCCAAAAAGAUGGGUAUUCCCCCGCAACGCCAUGUAUAUUUUGCUGGUGAAGGAAAAGCUCCAUAUCAUCCAUGUAUUUAUAACCAAAUGAUGACCUCUCAUGGACAUGUAGAAGAUAUCCACCAUUUGUGGAGGGAGGCCACGCAUGCAAAAGUGACUUCUCUCACCUCUGGAUUCUGGGGACAACUGUACUGUCGACUGAUCAAAGUGUUCCUUCUCUGCAAACCAUACUAUGUAGACACAUAUCCUUGUGUUGCUGCAUUUUCCUAGUGCACUAUUUACAUGAAGAAAAAAACAGCACUGAAUUUAUUUACUUUGGUUAGGUGGAGGAAAGAGGGUAAAUAAAUCAUAAACAUUAAAUGGAGCAGUUUAAUUGAGAACCUUGACCUUUAACUACUCUUAACUGUAUUUUUGUCUGUUUGUAUAGAUUUUUUUCAAUUAGGUGAAAGAUACCAAGUAUCAAAAGUUUACAAAAUGGAAAACCAAAUGAUUCUACUCAAGUAAAUGGAGACUUCUGCCAGUGUCUGCUGGUGCAAUUCUCCACAAGCUGUGUCUGUUAUGGUCUAGUUGGACAAAAUGGUGAGCAGUGGUCAAAUGAGGAGCAAUAUAGAUGAUGUUAGCAAUAGUAGCAAUAUCUAACUAGCCCGAUUACUCUGCCUUGAAGCAUUUUGCCAGCUAGUCCACAGAUUCUAAAUUGUACACAUUUUAACUGAUUUAAUUAAAAUUUGAUCUUGUUUAAAGUAAAUAAUGGCCAAAUAUAACAUUUGGCUCUUGUUACAUUUUGUGCUGGUAGCAGUAUACUACGCAGUAACUAUUCUGUUAUCAAUUAACAUUAAGAUUUACAUCCUGAAAAAUGUUCUUGCAUGACUUUUACACACAUUUCCUUUUGGGACUAAAAUUUACAUGAGGUCAACAUUUCUCAUCCAUCCCACACUCCUGUUUUUUUUCAACUGUGUUGGAACCUUGUAAAACUAAAAUCUAAUAACUUUUUCUGAAAGUCAAACUUAUUAAAUGUUCAUCCAGGUAAGCACUGAUUUGUAUGUGCUAUGUCAUUAGUUUGAACAUAAAGAUGUUCAAACUAAUGACAUAGCACAUACAAAUCAGUGCUUUAAAGAAACCAAAAAAAUGUAUGAACAGUAUGCUACUCAGUAUGUUACUCAAGCUAAAUACUUCUGCUUGUAAAUUUGAGUCAGUGGUGUGUGUGUGUAUAGCUUCCUCUUGCCUCUUAAAUUAACUUUUUUUUAAAUGUGAAAAAGGGAGCAUUCUGUUAACUGCUAGUUUUCUCUCUCGUCAUAUUACUGAUCUCUCCUCACUGAAGAGCAAAAGUCAUUAAUUUAAUCUCCUACACUGCAAUGAAUAAUGGCAGAAGAGUUGCAGUUUAAAGUCAGCCAGCUUUUGUUCAUAUUGACGAGAGCGUGAACAUUCCAAGUAUUGGCCAUCCCAGAAAUGUGAAAAUGGUUUAUUUUUUAAAUCUGUUUGGUGCUUGCCUAGUUUAUUGCAUUGCCUCUGACAUAGCUUCUCUUGAUUUAAGCUUUUAUCAUUUUUUCCCUUCAUUUUGCAAAUGAAAAUAACUUGAUGCUUACUUUACAUCAAGCAAACUGAUUUAAAAACAGAUAUUUUAAAAUAAUGUAACUGCACAAGUUGAUAACUUCUGAUUUAAAAACCCUUGUUUUAAUUUUAUUAUACUUUUGUGCAACAUAUAUAUAGAUACACAUUAACUAAUCUUAACUUUCCACCAUCACUAAGAUCUAUCAUUUCUGAUUUUUGUUGAGCAGCUAAAUACUAAAAUCUUCUAUCAGCAUGUAUCUCUUUCUGCUUAAAUAAUAAAUCUUCCUUCCCAUUUACCCCAUUCUCUGUCAUUGCUUUUACUACAGAUUUUUGCCUUUUAAUUUCAACGGGGAAGUUCACUGUGGUGGAAUGGCUUGGAAGGAAAAAUCAGCUCGGAAUUCAGCUAUUUAAAAAAAAAAACUAACACUUAAUAUAAAUAUUUACAUUUACUCAGAGCUUGAAAUAAACUAAGCAUUACUGGUUCACCAAAAAAAAUCUAAGUUUGCAAGCCUCAACAUCUUUCUCAAUGAAUUUUAUCCUAGAAGUUAGUGUUACUUUUACGUAGCUCUAUCAUGGGGGCUUCAGAAAUUUGAACUGAAUGAUAUAAUCCUUUAGGCACGUGUUUUGCUGCACCUAUGGAUUUCAACCAGUAUCUUGAUGCUAAAUACUGUAUUUAAUGCUAACUUGACAAUUAAAGAAAAUUGCAACUUUCCUUGUUAGCCUGACAGUCUGAUUUGGCUAUGUCUGAUUGUCACAAUUAGUUAUGUGAAGUUGAGUUUGGCAAUCCAACAUAGCACAGCAGAAUAAUUGGUUCGCUGCUCUGAUUGCCAUAUUUGUACACCUGGAAGAAUGAUGUGCAGUUUGCUUGCUUAACAAACUUGACUUCAUCAGGACAUUUAUUUUAGUUCCAGGAGAUCAAUCCAUUGUAUUUAUAUUAUGGGGCUUGGCUUUUUCAUUGCAGCAUCGGCUUCAUGUACAACUCAAAUAUUAAUUGGCAUACGUCUACGGUAACCAGAGAAAAUACUUGGCAGUUUAAAUGCUUAGAGUUGAUUUUCUGGAAUUAAAACAACACCAUAGUUUAAAUAGAGCAUUUUAUCAGUUAAGUUUUAUCUAUUGUACGUGCAGAUUCAUUGUGCAGCUAGCCACUGGCAUUUGGAUUCUCGGCAAUUGAUAAUGAUAUUUCAUGCUAUUAUAGUGGGAAAAGCUAGAGGAGGGAAGGUAUAUGUAGGGCCCCCCCUCAAAUAUCUGACACAGAUUUUUGUAUGUAAUUUAUAAGUACUCUAUUUGUUUUAAAAGCUAUAUGAUGGAUUUAGGAAUUUGAGCUAUGUACCUGUCUAAAGAACAUACAAAGUUUUUAUUUAAAAGAUUUGGAUUUGGGUUCCUAAAUUUUGGAUGGGAGUACAGAGGAAAAAUUUCACCCAUGUCAGGUUUUGUCACAAACAUCUGUUCAACAUGCUUGGCUGUGAUAUUCAAGUUAAAGUCUACAUCUCUGCUUCACUUUGAAAUCUAUUGCAGUUUUAAAGGUUACCUAAACUCUGUUUUGGAUUAAUUUAUUGUAUCUGGUGACUAUUUGUAGAAAUUAUAAUAGUCAUUUGGUGUUUUUUUUUUAAUAAAAGUAGCAUGCCAGUUGCAAUUAUUCUUUCAUUUACCAAGAAAUUAUUU